CUUAUGAGAGACAAGCUCAUGAAGAAAGCCAAAGUGAAGCCGGCAGUGAACCAGAUCAAGGUGCGUCCGUGGCUUACUCAUCCAGAGACAGUCAAUUAUUGCCAGAACCAAGACAUCAUCGUGCAAGCCUAUUCUCCAUUAGUAAAGGGCUAUAAAGUAAGAAAUUCGAUGCUUAUUGAGAUCGCCAAGGAGGCCAAUGCUACGCCAGGACAGGUGCUGGUGGCUUUUAGUCUAGCCAGAAAAAUUGUCGCUCUACCGAAAUCUGCCAAUGUUAAACGUAAAAAAGAGAAUCUCGAGGCGUUUAAUACCAAACUGUCGACUGAACAAGGUGAGAGACUCAUGGCACUGGACGAAUACUAUUAA